UGCAAAUGCUUUGAGAUCCGCUACUACUUGAAUUUCUCUCUCUCUCUCUCUAUUCUUUCUCGCUAAACAAGUUCUCUUUUGUUCCUUAUCGUCUCAUCACGUUCUCACUUUCUUCCCCCAAACAGAUUUUCCACCUUCACCACCCAACAGAAAUCCGCAACAUAAUUUCUCUCAGUUUCUCACCCCCCACACACAUAGUCUAAGCUAUAGACACCUCCCCAUAUUCAAAUCUACACCUCCAUCCAUCCAUCCAUGCCUUCUUAUUCUCACUCACUCUUCGAUCUGAAACACCGCCCCUGAAUAGAAAUACAUAUUCUCUAUAUAUUUAUUUCAAUUCUAUAGGUUUUCUUUCUUCUUUGCGUUUUGAGGAUUUCGGUGUCGUUUUGGAGCUGCGGCGAAGACGGAACAUAGAGUUUUCCUUGCGGCGGUGUGGAAUUUGUUGCCGUUUGUGGUUUCUUGUUCGAUCUGUGGGCACGGAACCUAGCGAGCGGAGUUUGAAUAUUUAGCUCUGCAAACCCUAGAUUUGCCUUGCGUCGGUUGUUUGCGGCGGUGAAUACGGUGUAGCUGCCCAUGCUAUUGGGUUGAUAUUGAUGCCGCCAGAACCAUUGCCUUGGGAUCGUAAGGACUUCUUCAAGGAGAGGAAGCACGACAGGUCUGAAGCGGUUGGCUCCGUGGCGAGAUGGAGAGAUUCUUCUCAUCACCGAGAUUUCAAUCGUUGGGGAUCCGCCGAGUUUCGCAGCCGACCACCUGGUCAUGGUAAGCAGGGUGGUUGGCACAUGUUUUCUGAAGAGCCUGGUCAUGGUUAUGGUGUUUCUCGGUCCGGCGACAAGAUGUUGGAGGAAGAUGGUCGGCCGUUGGUUUCACGGGGUGAUGGAAAAUAUGGCAGAAGUAGUAGGGAUAAUAGAGGAGGUCCCUUUGGGCAGAGAGACUGGAGAGGUCAUUCGUGGGAGGCCAGCAAUGGUUCUCCAAAUUUAUCAAGGAGACCGCAAGAUAUGAAUAAUGAGCAGAGGUCAGUUGAUGAUUCCCCAACAUAUUCCUCUCACCCACAUUCUGAUUUUGUAAACACAUGGGAGCAGCAUAACUUGAAAGACCAGCAUGCUAAGACGGGUGGUGUCAAUGGGUUGGGAACAGGCCCAAGAUGUGAUAGAGAGAAUUCUUUGAGUUCAAUUGACUGGAAGCCGCUUAAAUGGACCCGAUCUGGAAGCUUGUCUUCUCGAGGCUCAGGUUUUAGUCACUCAAGUAGCUCAAGGAGCAUGGCUGGGACAGAUUCCUAUGAAGGAAAGCCCAAUUUGAAACACAAAAAUGUCACUGCUGUUGAGUCGAAUUCAGGGGAAGCCACUGCAUGUGUGACAUCUUCUAUGCCGUCUGAAGAUGCAACUUCUAGAAAGAAGCCUAGGCUAAAUUGGGGCGAGGGACUUGCAAAGUACGAGAAGAAAAAAGUUGAUGUACCUGAUCCAGGAUCAAACAAAGAUGGCUCGGUUUCGUCUGCCGGUAAUAUGGAGCCUUGUAGUUCCAUCAGCCCCAACUUAGUAGAUAAAAGCCCAAAAGUUACAGGAUUUUCAGACUGUGCAUCUCCUGCAACUCCAUCUUCCGUUGCCUGCAGUUCCUCACCAGGCGUGGAUGAUAAAUUAUUGGGAAAGGUUGGAAAUGCAGACAAUGAUGUCAGUAAUUUGACUGAUUCACCUGCUCCUGGUUUUCAGAAUCACCUGCAGAAGUUUUAUCUUAACCUUGAUAAGUUGGAUGUUGACUCCUUGAAUAGUUUGGGCUCUUCAAUUGUUGAGUUAGUACAGUCUGAUGAUCCAAGUUCUGACGAUUCUGGUCUAGUUCGGUCCAAUGCUAUUAAUAAGUUGCUGAUAUGGAAAGCUGACAUUUCGAAGGUAUUGGAGAUGACUGAAUCUGAAAUUGAUUUGCUUGAAAAUGAACUGAAGUCUCUAAAAUCUGAAUCUGUGGAUAGAUCUGAGUGUCCAGUAGCAUCGGGCUCCCAGCAGGCAGAUAGCAGUUCAAAGUUUUACGAAGAGCGUGUUGAAGUCUCUCAGAAGGUCAUUCGGCCAGUACCAUUGAAAAUUAUUUCUUCUGAUGAACCCAAUACAGUGAAGAUGCCCCAGUCAACUAAUUUAUGUAGCAUUCAUGAAAAUGACAAGGAAGAGGAUAUCGAUAGUCCUGGAUCAGCAACAUCUAAAUUUGUUGAGCCUCUUCCUGUAAAUGCAGUUUCUUCAAGUUAUACCAGGGGCUAUGAUAACUUAUCAAGGGACAUGAAUGCCGUUCAAUCUACUAUGAUGAAAUGCUUUGUCCGCUGUAAUAGGAAAAAUACUAGUGUAUCUGCCUGUAAUAAUGUCAAUACACCUACAGAAGUAAAGGAUAGCUUAGGUGAUGUUACCUUUGGAGCAAACUUAUGUUCUAGCUACGGGGAUACUUAUAAGUCAAUUAUUGCUUCAAAUAAAGAAUCUGCUAACAGAGCGCACAAACUAUUUACCAAGUUAGUUCCCAAAGAAUGUAAAAAGCAUGGUAACAUGGGAGUCAGCAAUGAUUCGUUCUCUCAUACAUCGAUUCUGCAAAAAUUUGCCGAGAAAAAACAGUUUGAAAGAUUUAAGGAGAGAGUUAUUGCACUCAAGUUCAAAGCCUUGCAUCACUUGUGGAAAGAAGAUAUGCGCCUACUGUCUAUUAGGAAAUGCCGCCCAAAAUCGCAUAAGAAAAAUGAACUAAAUGUGCGAACUACCUGUAGCAGUAAUAUGAAGAACCGAUCUUCCAUUCGUUCACGGUUUACUUUCCCUGCUGGAAACCAUCUAAGCUUGGUUCCAACAACAGAGAUUAUUAAUUUCACAAGCAAACUUCUGUCAGAAUCUCAAGCACAACUUCAGAGAAACACCCUGAAGAUGCCUGCAUUAAUAUUGGACGAGAAGGAGAAGAUGGUUACAAAGUUCAUAUCUAGUAAUGGGCUGGUUGAAGAUCCGUUGGCUAUUGAGAAAGAAAGGAGUAUGAUCAAUCCUUGGACAUCAGAAGAGAAAGAACUAUUCUUGGAGAAAUUUGCUGCAUUUGGAAAAGAUUUCCGGAAAAUUGCUUCUUUCCUUGAUCACAAGACAACUGCAGACUGCAUUGAGUUCUACUACAAGAAUCACAAAUCCGAAUGUUUUGAGAAACUGAAGAGGAAAGAUAUUGGUAAGCUAGGGAAGUCAUAUGCAGCUAAAACUAACUUGAUGGCAUCAGGUAAUAAAAGGAUGCGAGGAAGAAGAUACCUUCUGGGAUAUGGUAAUGUAAAAGCAUCAAGGGGUGAGGACAGCAUUAUAGAGAGAUCAAACAGUUUUGACACUCUUGGGGAUGAAAGGGAGACUGCUGCUGCAGCUGAUGUAUUGGCUGGUAUAUGUGGUUCAUUUUCAUCCGAGGCUAUGAGUUCUUGCAUAACAAGUUCAAUUGAUCCUGUAGAUGGUAACAAGGAAACGAAGUUCUUGAAAGCAAACCCUCUAUUCAAACAACCCUUGACACCUGAUAUUUCGCAGAAUGCUGAUGAUGAGACUUGUUCAGAUGAGAGCUGUGGCGAAGCUACUGAGUGGACAGAUGAUGAGACAGCAGCUUUUCUUCAGGCUGUAUCAUCUUUUGGUAAGGAUUUUGAGAAGAUAUCACGGUGUGUAGGUACAAAGGCCCAAGAACAUUGCAAACGUUUCUUCAGCAAGACUCGGAAAUGUCUUGGAUUGAAUCUCGCAAACCCCGUACCUGGAAUUAACGGAUCCCCGUUGAAUGAUGAUGCAAAUGGCGGUGAGAGUGAUACAGAUGAUGCAUGUGUUGUUGAGGCAGGCUCAGUGGUUGAUGCUGAUAAGUCUGGAAAUAAAACAGACGAGGACCUGCCUUCUGAUGCCUUGAAUACAUUCCAUGAUGAAUCCAAUCCUCUGGAAGCUACGAGCCUGUCUGCUAAAUUAAAUGAAUCAAGAGAAAUCAGUGGGACCGAAGUAUGUCUUGAAAAUGUAGAUGUGGCUUCCGUUGCUUGUGCAAUUAAUGUUGAAUCUAAGCUGGGCUCUGAUGUUAGUGGAGUUGGCUUGUGCACAACUGACAAGUCUGGUUCAGUCAAUGGAGUUGGCUUGGGAGGUACAGUUAGAGAAUCUAUUUCUGCUUCAGAAAUAAUUAAACCAAGGGAGUGUGGUUCUGUUGCUUUGGAUAGAACGGUUUCCGAGGGUUCUUCUGGGGGUCUUUGUCUUGGAAGUGAAGUGGAAAGGCAAAGAGUGUCAGCACCCCACUGUGUUGUUGACAAAGAUGUUGAACAUGUAGCAGAUGCAGGUGUUGUAGUUGAGUUGAAAAACUGUGUCUUAGAAUCGAGCACUGCGGCAAAUGUUUCAUUCUCACCUGUGGUCAAUUCAUGUUCAGGAUUGAGUUUUGGUUCUGAAAAUAAGCAUGUCUCCUUUGGAAAGCCUCAUACGUCAGCACUGUCUAUGAGUAUGAGUGAUCUUCAGGCAACUGCAAAUUCAUUGUUGCUAAAAGCUGCCGCUGCUCAAUGUGAGAAAACAGUUAGCCAGGAUAGACUGUCCUCUACUUGUGAUAUUCAGGGAGGUAGAGAUAUGCGGUGUCAUAGCUCUGGUAGUAAUGGUGACCAUCAGCUUCCUCUUUCCGGGAGCCAUGUUGAGACUGUUAGUGUUCUCCAGGGCUAUUCCAUGCAAGUGCCCAUCAAAAAAGAAGUGGAUGGGGAUGUGAAUUGCAGCAGUUCAGCAGCUGAGUUUCCUCUUCUACCCCAAAAGGUCAAACAGACUGAUGGUCAUUUCAAACCAUCAUUUCAUUCUUCAAAUUCAGAAAAAACAUCCAGAAAUGGUGACGUGAAACUGUUUGGAAAGAUAUUAACCAAUCCAUCUUCCACUCAGAAUCCUAAUUUGACUGCGAAGCGAAGUGAAGAAAACGGUUCCCAUCAUCCUAAGUUGAACAACAAGUCUUCUAAUCUGAAUUUUACCGGCCAUCAAAAUUCUGAUGAAAAUUUAAAUUUUUUGAAGUUUGGCCUUGAAAAUGUUCCAGUGAUGAGUUAUGGUUAUUGGGAAGGGAAUGCAAUACAAAGUAGACAGUCUGGUCUCUCAUCCUUGCCCGAUUCUUCCUUCUUGUUAGCUAAAUAUCCUGCUGCGUUUAGUAAUUAUCCUACAUCAUCUUCCAAUUUGGAGCAACAACCACCAUUGCAGGCCUUUGCCAAGAAUAGUCAACGGCAUUUGACUGGUGCAUCUACUUUUACAGCUAGAGACGUGAAUGGUAGCAAUGCUAUGCUUGAUUAUCAGAUGUUUAGAGGUAGAGAUGGUCCACAAGUUCAGCCAUUUAUGGUUGAUGUCCAACACCGCCAAGAUUUAUUCUCUGAGAUGCAGAGAAGACACAGUUUUGAAGCAAUCUCCAGUUUGCAGCAGCAAGGAAGGGGAAUGAUGGGAAUGAAUAGCGUUGGAAGACCUGGGAUUCUAGUGGGAGGUUCGUGCAGUGGUGUCUCUGAUCCUGUGGCGGCAAUUAAAAUGCAUUAUUCCAAUUCUGAGAAGUAUGGUGGUCAAAAUGGAAGUGUUGUUAGAGAUGAUGAGUCAUGGGGAGGGAAAGGGGACUUAGGCAGGUAGUAGAUGUGCUUGGUGGCAGAAAGAGUUUUGCCGCUUCCUGUAUAAUAGUUUUUGUUAACAGCUCAAUACAGUGUAGGGCGAUUUAAUGGUUCUCAAGCCCUUGUUUUUGGUAAAUUAUUAUAAAUUAGGUGCUUUUAAUGUGGCAGCAGCUUUGUAUUUGUUGUAUUUGAUGAAAAUACAAAAAUAAUCUCUGGAAAAAGUUAGGAGAGGGGCGAUUGCCAUUACUGCUCAUACUUGAAAUCAUCUGGAUAUUUGUUUGAAGUUUUGACAAAUCAUUUCGAGGUAGAAUAAGAGGGCUUGGUAUGUGUUUCAAAA